AUGACACGGUCAACCCAGCCGGCCGAUGGCGGUCAUGCGUACGAGACCACCCCGCUCCUGGCCGCGGGAGAUGACCAUGACUUGUCCAUCACGGAUCCCGGUAUCUCCGAGGUCACGCUCAACGAGCAGCAGCCCGGCAACAGCCACGGCAGCCAUACCGGCGACGGCGACGACGACAAGCCGCUGCCGGUACGGCAGAUCAUCGUGCUGUGCUACGCACGCUGGGUUGAGCCCGUGGCCUUCUUCUGCAUCUUCCCCUAUAUGCCCCAGAUGUGCAAGGAGAACGGAAACCUAGCCUACGCCGACGUCGGCUUCUACAGCGGCCUCAUCGAGUCGCUGUUCUCCUUGACCCAGAUGGUCGUCAUGAUUUGGUGGGGUAAGGCCGCAGAUCGCUUUGGCCGCAAGCCCGUCCUCGUCUCCUCCCUCGUCGGCGUCACCUUUGCCACGGCCCUGUUCGGCCUGGCCAAGACCAUCUGGCAGAUGAUUCUGUUCCGCUGCCUGGCCGGCGUCUUCGCCGGCACCAUUGUCACCAUCCGCGCCAUGAUCUCCGAGCACAGCACCUCCAAGACCCAGGCCCGCGCCUUCAGCUGGUUCGCCUUCGCCGGCAACUUGGGCAUCCUCGUCGGGCCCCUAAUCGGCGGCCUGCUCGCCAAUCCCGUCGAGCAGUAUCCCUCCCUCUUUGUAAACGUCCAGUUUUUGGUCGACUACCCUUAUGUUCUCCCGACCCUAGUGGUCGCCGUCCUCGGUCUGAGCGCCGUCGUCGUCACGGUCCUCUUCGUCGACGAGACCCUGGUUAGGGACCCCCUUCCGGGAAGCGCCGGCGCCGGCGAAUCCGCCAUUGUCAAACCCCCCAGGCUCUCGACAUGGGAGGUGCUCAAGUCGCCCGGCGUGCCCAUUGUGAUCUUCGCCUAUGGUCAUGUCAUGCUUCUCGGAUUCUCGUACACGGCUGUCGUGCCCUUGUUCUGGUUCACGCCUACAAACCUCGGCGGCUUCGGCUUCUCGUACCUGCAGAUCUCCCUCUUCCUGGCACUCACGGGCCUAGCCCAGGCCAUAUGGCUGGUGCUCAUCUUUCCACCGCUGCAGCACCGCUUCGGAACCAACCGCGUGAUACUAGCGUGCGCCAUCGCCUGGCCCGUCGAGUUCGCCGCCAUGCCCUUCUGCAGCAUGCUCCUGCGCAGCGCAAACCCUGCGGGCACCGCCACAUUCUGGGCCGUCGCCCCUUUAGUCUUGAUAAUUGGUGCUGGGGUAAGUAUGGCUUUUACGGGGGUGCAGCUAGCCCUCAACGACGUGUCACCCAGCCCCGUCGUCCUCGGCACGCUCAACGCCCUCGCCCUGUCCGUGGUCAGCGGCGUGCGCGCUUUUUGCCCGGCCCUCUUCACCACCCUCUUCGCCAUCGGUGCCCGUACCCAGUGGCUAUGGGGCUAUGCCAUCUGGGUGCUCAUGACCCUCAUGGCUGUGCUCUUCGCCGUCGUAUGCUGGUAUCUGCCUGACUACAACGAGCUGAAGAAGCAGAGGGAGAGGCAGAGGGUGGGCUGA